GUCGGACACAGGACGCGCACGCGCAGCUCCGCUUCCGGGAGCCGCUCCUCGCUACCCACAAUGCUCUGCGACAUCGACCUGUCGCAAAGGCUGAGUUUGCGGGGCGAAUGAGCGACUCGCUUUCCGUGCGGUGCGGCUAGUGAGGCCCCGGUCCUCCUCCUCCUGCCGCAGGGCCGGAACCCCUGACAGUAUACAGCUGCGCUUUAGUCUGGCCGGUGUCAUCUGUCUCCGCAAUGCCCCCCAAGAAACAGGCUCAGGCCGGGGGCAGCAAAAAAGCGGAGCAGAAAAAGAAGGAGAAGAUUAUCGAAGACAAAACUUUUGGUUUGAAGAAUAAGAAAGGAGCAAAGCAACAGAAGUUUAUCAAGGCUGUUACACAUCAGGUUAAAUUUGGUCAACAAAAUCCACGUCAGGUAGCACAGAGUGAAGCUGAAAAGAAAUUGAAGAAGGAUGACAAGAAGAAAGAAUUGCAGGAGCUAAAUGAACUGUUCAAACCUGUAGUUGCUGCUCAAAAAAUAAGUAAAGGUGCAGAUCCCAAGUCUGUGGUAUGUGCAUUCUUCAAGCAAGGACAGUGUACUAAAGGAGAUAAGUGUAAGUUCUCUCAUGACUUGACUCUGGAGAGAAAAUGUGAAAAGCGAAGUGUUUACAUUGAUGCAAGAGAUGAAGAACUUGAAAAAGAUACGAUGGAUAAUUGGGAUGAGAAAAAGCUGGAAGAAGUAGUGAACAAGAAGCACGGUGAGGCGGAAAAGAAAAAACCAAAAACUCAAAUAGUGUGCAAGCAUUUCCUUGAAGCUAUUGAAAACAACAAGUAUGGCUGGUUUUGGGUAUGCCCUGGCGGGGGUGAUAUUUGCAUGUAUCGUCAUGCUCUUCCUCCUGGAUUUGUGUUGAAAAAAGAUAAAAAGAAAGAAGAGAAAGAAGAUGAAAUUUCAUUAGAAGAUCUAAUUGAAAGAGAGCGUUCUGCCCUAGGUCCAAAUGUUACCAAAAUCACUCUAGAAUCUUUUCUUGCAUGGAAGAAAAGGAAAAGACAAGAAAAGAUUGAUAAACUUGAACAAGACAUGGAAAGAAGGAAAGCUGACUUCAAAGCAGGGAAAGCACUAGUGAUCAGUGGUCGUGAAGUGUUUGAAUUUCGUCCUGAACUGGUCAAUGAUGAUGAUGAGGAAGCAGAUGAUACCCACUACACCCAGGGAACAGGUGGUGAUGAGGUUGAUGAUUCAGUAAGCAUAAAUGACAUAGAUUUAAGCCAGUACAUCCCAAGAGAUGUAGAUGAAACAGGUAUUACUGUAGCCAGUCUUGAAAGAUUCAGCACGUACACUUCCGAUAAAGAUGAAAACAAAUUAAGUGAAGCUUCUGGAGGUAGGGCUGAAAAUGGUGAAAGAAGUGACUUAGAAGAGGACAACGAAAGAGAGGGACCAGAAAAUGGAGCUAUUGAUGCUGUUCCUGUUGAUGAGAAUCUUUUCACUGGAGAGGAUUUGGAUGAACUAGAAGAAGAAUUAAAUACACUUGAUUUAGAAGAAUGACACCACCCAAGUCGAUGAAAAAAUUGAGUCAGCUCAGCAUGAGUUGAAAUUGACUACAUUAAUUUUUUCCACCUAGAGUCAACAGGAUGUUUAUUUCCCAUGCUGAUUCUGGAGGACUUACCCUCCUACAAAAAAGGAAUAUUGUUCCUACGUCUUCUCUUCUGACUUUGGCUUCAUCUCAUAGUAAGUUCAGACUAGUUCAUGAUAAAUUGAAAAUAUAAUGGUCAUUGCAGAAAAUGAUUGAUUGUUGUAACUGUCCACCCAAGUAAAAAGUGUAUCUGCUUUUCCAUCUUUUGGUUUUCAUUUGGGCAUGUGCUAUUACCAGACACAACAGACUUACAUUUAAAAUACCUUUCGUUUGACAGAGUUUUUAAUGAGUGAUUUAAUUUCCUUUGUAUUUGUAUGUUUAGAAGACUGCCUAAAACGUGAGCACUGUACUUCAUAAAGGAAACUGCAUAUGCAGAUUCAGUAUUGUAUAUCUUUGGACAAUUAGAUGGACAUUUAAAAUGGAACUUCUUUUAUCUGACAGGAUCAGCUACAAUGCCCUGUGUUAAAUUGUUUAAAAGUUUUCCCUUUUCUUUUUUGCCAAUAAAGUUGUAAAUAAAGACUAUCAUACAUUAAAAUCCAAA